UCCUGCAACUUUUGCAAGCAUGCUUUCAGGGUCAGGAAGGAAGACGCCCACUCUUUAUGUCGGUGGGAGUUAGAGCAUAUUAGUGUCCUUUACUUCAACGGCAGUGCUACAACAUUUGUGAGUGCAUUCAAGCAGAAUAUCGUCACCAUGGCCUCUCACCACCACCAUCAUCAUGGAUCAGGGCACCAUCAUCAUGGAUCAGGGCAUCAUCAUCAUGAAUCAGGGCAUCAUCAUCAUGACUCAGGGCACCAUCAUCACCAUGGGCAUGGAGACCAAGAUCGCCACCACCACCAUCAUCAUCAUCAUCAUCACCAAGGCUGGGAGGGAGACGAUGAUUUGCAAUGUAACCACGAGGAGGGAAUAGGGAAGUUGAAUCACGUCGACUUAUCGAGUGACCCAUUGUUUCAAAAGAAGGACUGGACACUUAGUGAUUGGAUAGAGUUCUCUGACAAGAUGCCAGCAGGCAAAUCCCGAGGCAGACCAUCCCCGAAGCUCCUACAGUACGUUGGGGAUCUUCUUCCCACAGAGCCAGCCAGGAUUCUUGUGCCUCUCUGUGGAAAAACACCUGAUUUACGAUGGCUUUACGAACGUGGCAAUGAAGUUGUGGGAAUUGAAGGCGUCGAGAAGCUAGUGUCCGAGUUCUUCAAAGUCCACGAUACUUUAACCCACACGGUUGAGGAGUGUUCGUUUGGAAAGUUGUACAAGACUACUAAUGAUCGUUUGAAAGUGUAUGUCUGUGACAUCACGAAGAUUCCCUCAAAUGCACUUGGACAAUUUGAUGCAGUCUUCGACUGGGGUGCAUAUUCAGGCAUCCAUAAGGACGAUCGUCAGAAGUAUGUGGAAGUCGUGUCAGGUAUGCUUAAGGAAGACUACCGUUACUUCGUCGAGCUGUGUCAUGACGGCCCUUCGGAUAUGGUGACAGGACCGUCGAACGUCUCACUGAGGGACCUCAAAUUGCAUUUCGGCCCCGAAAGGCAUCUGCGUUUCCUGGAGACGAAGGACAUCGCGAAGGAAUGGGGACUCGAUUCAUUUUUCAACAGUUACAUCAUCAUGACGCCAAUGAAGAAGAAAUAAUGGACAUUUGAUGGUUCAAAUUAAUUUCUUUCACUUGAGUUCAAGAAUGUACACCUAGACUAUAUUUUCACGAGAAGGAAGUCACAUAAAAGCUUAUUUCUGUAGCUUGAAGAUGCACGGAGCUUUCACCAAUGUUAUUGAUGAUUGAUUGAGGUUCAGUGGAAACCAUGAUGAUAUUCACCGUAUCAUCGUGAUACGUCAUAUGGUCGAAUAUCUGAUUUACAAGGAUCCUUUCUGAAAGCAAUUUUUGAGCAAAAGGGGCUUCGCCCCGAAGAGAAUUGAGGUAUUCUACAGGUGAGUGUGUUCGGUCUUCGGUCUAGUAUUGUCUGGUGACAGCUGAAUAUAGGUAAAUCUGAGCUUCCAAAAGCGACUCCUAUACUCCUGUUGUUUUUAUUAAUAUUCUGUCAUAUUGUGGACAAAAAUAUAUAUUCAUAAAAACGGAGCUGGCCAAAAAUAUUGGCUAACACAGGAAUAAAUUCCAGUCUCCGCAAAAUAAAGAACAAAAGGCGAUGUUGGUAAGUCACAGAUUAUACAAGCAAAAUUAAUAACAUCAGUCUUGCUGGUAUAUUUAGAUUUAGUUAACCAUUGCUUUAUCCUUUAUCUUGUUUUAGAAUAAAGGCCUCGGUGGGUAAUCAUAAUUAUUGUAUAGUUUUACAUGCUACAAACCAUCACUAAAAUUAGAUAAUAUUAUAUAAUAAUUUUACAUGCUGUAGUAAACCAUUACAGAGUAAGGUAAUAUGCUAAGGGUGAGACCAAAAGGAAUGUGAUUUCUCUCUUAUUUCAUUCUCGCUUAUGUAGCAACUGAAAGAGAAAUUGGCCAGUGUAUUCUUGCAUUCAUCUCUAUUCAGUGCGUUGGAAGCUGUUCAAACCUUUUUCAGUCUCAGAUAGAUAAUGGCUACAAAAUAAAGAAGGUGCGUUUUCAGUCAGGAUCAUGGUGGGAGUUGGAAAUGCCGUUGUUCCUAAUUUAAGGAAACCGAUGGUUUUGGGGUAGAUUCUAGGAAAUUCUGGGAAAUUUAGUUCGAUUUGAAAUGCCACAGAGUAGUGCUUUUUCUUUAGGUUCAUGAUUUUGUGUACUUUGCAGGAUUCCUAAGUUUUUAGUACCAUGAAUGUGAUUUUAUAUAUAACGGCUGUAAAAUAUCAGAUAUGAUGAUCAUUUAAAAUUGUGAACAAAUAAAAUAAAAAGAAA